GGCACUUUGCGGAUUGAAAGCCACCCGAAAUGGACAGUGUACGGCGUUUGUUCAUGAUUGCCUUAAUCGUAGGUUUGGCACUGACGGAAGCAGCAGAGGCGAAGAAGGACAAAAGAGACGAGGAAGAGCAGGACAAUCCGACAGAUCAAACCGUCAAGAACGAAUGCUGGCUGAAGCCAAACUACCGACGUUGCAAGGACUAUGUGCCACGCUGGUUCUACGACACAACUUACUUGCUUUGCAAGCCGUAUCUCUACGGCGGCUGCGGCGGAAAGAACGCUAACGCGUUUAGGUCCCACGACGAGUGCAUGAGGCGCUGCAUGUUCGAGGUUCCCGAAGUGGGAGGAAGGUCCGGAGGCCAGGGUGGUCGGCAGCCCAGAUUCAAGCGAGGCUAACGCAUGCACUAUAUGCUCUGGCUACAGCAUGCUCGCCAUUAAAGGCGGAGAAAUGUAGCUUUGUGUUGCUGGAGCUAUUAAAGAAUGAA